CAGCGGAUGGAAAACAGAAAACAAAAUCGCAAAAAUGGAUCACGCUUUGCAUGGGAUGCGGUAUCGACGAGCCUGUUUUUAAAGCUGUGGAUGGACAAUAUAGACGAUUUGCGUGGUCAGCGAGUCAAAACGGAAAUUUAUAAAGAAAUGGCGGAAAAAAUGUGGAAGUAUGGACUUAGUCAUAUAGAAAUCAAAGCCAAAAUAGAUAAUAUGACCAGGAAAUAUAGAAUAGAAAUGCUAAAAUGCCGGAAAACGGGUGAGCCUUCCAAAUGGAAAUAUUUUAGUCAUUUGAAGGAAAUCUUAAAGGAGUCUAAACUGGUUAACUUAAGACUGUGCAUGGCUGAUAAUUUUGACUUUUCGCCUUGGGAAGAUUCGGAUAGCAGGGAUUCAUACGAUCCACAUGCGGACCUCUUCAGUCCACCUGCUAUAGAGCCCAACGAAAGAGGACCCUCAAACAGUCCUGAGUCAACGGCCUCAAACAAAAGUGAUUUAUCCUAUUCAGAAGAAAACUCUCAACCAUCACUAGUGAAUUAUAAAUUAAAUAGAUCUUCUAGAAGUCUGGAAAUAGAGGAAGCCCAGCUAGCAGUUCAGCGCGAAAAGCUGAAGGUUUUGAAGGAUAUGGCUGAUGAUUUAUCAGCUAUACAUAGAGGUUUUCUAAAAGCUUACAAACUAAAGGGAUCUAUCAUCUCCAUCUAAUUUGUUAAUGUAUCUCC